CACAUGGUCGCCUACAGGCUUCUUCCGGCACCGAAAGUUUCUCCCAUCGCUCUUUGGCAAGCAUUCUUCAGUUAAAUGGAACGGCAGGAGCCAACAUUUUACUCGUAUUCUUCUUUAUUUCCAUCGAAUGUAACGGAUUUAUUCCCUGAGCAAUCAUGUAUGCCGUACAACCUAACGUCAGUGGCGGGCCAGUCCGAUCGCUUGAAGCGCACAAGUCAGUCGGAAGAGUCCAUUUAUUCUGGACAUUUUGUUGCACCCAAGUGGAAUCCCAGUUCUUCUAGUGGACAGUCGCUAACUGUCUGCCCGGGGUGCUUCACUCAGGUAUGUGAUGAUUCGAACUGGUGCUCUGCUUGUGGCGAAUUGUUGAUUGGAUCCAGUUUAUGCUCCUCAGACCUGGAGAGUUGGAGUCAUCAAGGGCUCGCAUUCCGAUCAUUGCAUCCUGCACUCAAUGAACCGGUUAAGUAUCCCAGUGAAUGGCAUGCUGGUGCCUCAACCCAGUCUCAUGACUGUGUGCCUUCGUAUCCUGUCGCGGAAAACCAUGUACCUCUAGCAGACUGCUCUAGUUACACAUUUGCGGCCGUGUCAUCGAUUCCUUUGUCUCAGUCGUUCACUGCAGCAUCGUUUGUUACGGCACCAUCCUUUGCAGCCUCUUUCACAAGUGUGUCGUGUCCGACUACUGAGUUUGACCCAUCAGUUGCUCAGCCGUCUAGCCACUCCUUUCAUAUCGCAGAAACCAGUGCGCCUAUUUGUCACUCGCAGAUGGAGUCACUGCAGUCGACGUUGAAUGAACUCCAUCUAGGCCAUGGACGUUACAUAAGAACCGGUGCUCAGGAAUAUGGCAUUCCUUGUCCGGGGAAUUAUUCUCCUAUGGCUUCCACUCUGGCGUCUUUUCCGAACUCGGUUGCAGAGAGGGGAGCGCCGUCAAUGGUUGCGAGUGCUUCAGUCCAAUAUGACCCGAGUCAGCUGUUGCAGAGUGUAAACCAACGUGUGCGUCAACGCUGCAUAUCUGGUCCAGUAGAUGUAUCUAUGGUAACCACCCGAAAUGGAGUUCCGGGAGAUUUGCAAUUCGACUUUGUUCCUGUGGUGUAUCCGAUCCGUGCUUGGCGCCCGGUCUCUAUUUCUUCCAACGGUUCACAAGUCACGCCGAAUUUCCCCACACAGGCGCAACUGUCUUGGGGUAUGUCGCAGUCUGCGAACCUUUGCGUGCCCCGAAAAACGACAUCUUUCCAGUCUUCUUACGGAUGCCAUGUUACUCUAACCGGAGCUGACAUGUUUAAUUGUCCUGGAGGCACCUCUGCUGAACUUGUGGAUUCUCGGGAAAAAUGCUGUAUGAAUACUCGUCCUAACAAUCGACGCCGGAAAAACCCAUCGGAAUGCUCAAGGGCAGAACUCAAACGCGAUUACGCAGGACCAAGGAGUUAUGGCCGAACACGUAGCUUCAGCUCAGAUGUACAACCGUGGAACGGUUCGGAAGCACGCACUGGGCCUCCCAGUCCUUCAAAGCCCGUAUGUCACUGGCAAAUGUCGCGCACUGCUUGGUCCGCUCAUGACCCCUCUUUGGCCAAGAAAAAAUCAUCUGACUAUCUACGAGCAUCGUACUCCCAUAGAACAUGUGCAACACAUAACCAGUCGUCCGUGAAACCUGAGGAACAAAUAACCGACAAAUCAAUAGAAACCGCGGUUCGGACGAACCACACACGAGCUUGUGCUCAGAGCUCAAAUCGCCAUCAACGCUUUCUUGAACAGAAACAACAGCGACGAAACGGUGGUGAAAGACGACGCAAUCGCGGCACCCGGGUGGGUAGUUUUGGGGACACUCAAACUGUGGGUUACCGCCCAUCCCAACCACAGCUAAAUGCGGUCCCUAAGAAGGCUGUAAAGUCACGUCGGCUCAAGCAAGACAUCAAUUGUCAUUCGAAACCAGAACGGCUGGCUACAACCGGACAGAACUCUGACGCAGUUUCAGAGGAACAUGUUCAAGUGCCGACCGAUUCAAACCAAACUGACCCUGCGACUGAACAUUCGCCAGAAAAACCAAAUUGGAUGUUGUUACCAAACGAGCUGUGGAUCGCCAUUAUCCAUCAUUUGCCUUUUCCGGAUCGUGCUCGCCUUGCGCUGGUGUGUCGUCGACUGUCCAAUCUGGUGUUCGAUCCGUCUCUGUGGAGGGUGAUACAGUUGCAUCGGCACCAACAUUUGACAAAUACUGCACUUGCUUCGAUCGGACGGCUCCGUCCUCGUGAAUUGCGAUUGACUUAUUGUCACGGAGACACAAUAGCUGCUGAUGGUUUACGCCAGUUGUUCCAGGCCUGCGGUCCGAGUUUACGCAAAUUGUCUUUCAUCGGUUGUACCAAAGGUCUUUUCGAUUAUGACCUGCCUCUACUCUUGGCCGCCAAACACUGUCCCAAUAUGAGUCACAUCAACGCUAGUUACACCCAAGCGGUUCGCGAUCAGACUGUGAUCGCUCUGGCCAAAUCGGCUCUACAUUUAGUCAGUGUGAAGUUGAACGGAGCUCAACAGAUUAGCAACUCGGCGAUCCAGCAGUUGGUUCACUACCACAAGGAUACGCUGCAACGGCUCGAACUUUUCGGGUGCUUCCGACUCAAUUCCGACAUAUUUGCGAUACUGGGACGCUGUCAACAACUUCGGGCGCUGGCGUUUGGUCACUUGCAUCAUCUGUCAUCUGAUGGUUUGCUGGAAUUGGUAGGAAAAUUGCCCCUGUUGUCUUCGUUGGAUUUGCGUGGAACACAAACUUUGUCCAGUGAUCUCAAUCUCAGCCGAUUGGCGGAUAAGUGUCCACACCUGGAAGAAGUUGUACUGGCCAACAUGCAUUCGCUGAAACAUGAGGCAGGAAUAGCUCAAAUGCUACGCCGCCUCCCACGACUCCGCGUGCUCGAUUUAUGUGGUUUAGGCGCCGUCGGUGACCUGACCAUGGAAGCGCUGGCUAGUGGGUGCCCGCAACUGGAAGAGCUAGAUGUCAGUUGUACAUCCGUCACCCAAAAAGGGCUAUCUCAUCUCACGCUGGCACCGGCCAAGAGCUUGCGUUGCCUGCGAAUCAGCCACUGUCGUGAGAUCACUAGGGACGUCCUUGAAAAGCUCGUUAAAGCAUGUACAAAGCUCACCAUACUGUACGCGUAUGGCUUCAAGUCUAUAUCCGACUGGAGUUUCCUACAAGCUGUCCGUCCUGCCCUCCUAGUGGAAAGUGACGUGUGACAAGAGAGAUUGGUGUUUGACUUACUCCCGCCUGCUCUAGGAGAAAGCAACCAGUCGAUUUUCUCAAUGGUUGCCACGAUCGUCAUGAGUUCCAUCUCUCUCUCUCUCACCAAUCACAGACAAACAGAGGCAACCCUUGUCGUGCCUCUGAGCCCGUUGUGCUGUUCGUUUUUCUGGCGUGCAUCCGGUGAUUGUACUGGCUCGCUCUCAUGCAGCAUAGACGCACAUCACGCAGAUGACCAGAUUCCUUCAUUUCAUUCCAAUACUGUCUCCAGUCUGAUUACCACCAAGAUCUUGUUUUUAUCACCGAACAUUAGACAUACAGUCAGAUCAUCCCUUCUCGCUGUAUCUCCGUUGUUUGGCCUCAUGGCCCCUUCUCCAUCAUAUUCUGUUCUCACCCCGGUUAAUCAGAUAAAAAUACCGCUGAGCACUCACAUGUCGGUUAUAGGUGCUAGUAUCCUAGUCCAUCAUCUCACGUACUCAACCAGUGCUCGGGCGUGUGCAAUCUCAGCUGCAGCUUGGGUGUUUUUUUUAAUCUUUGUUCUUCAACAGACCCCUCACCUGUGCGAUCCUAUUGUGACUAGUCGUGUUCAUCACUGAUUCGCGAUUCGACGGCUACUCAUCGUUCAGUAUAGUCUCUCAACUGGAUUCCAGCUUUUUUCAAUAUCUCCCGUCUAUCAUCCCACUUUGUUAGGUAUGCCAUGUCCUCGGUUUUGUAUUUUUAUGUUCUUUUAUCUGUUAUAUAUGCUGCGUGAAGUCCUGGUCACGUGAUCCCCGUCGGUCUUUGCCACCGGAGGCUACGCAUAUCGACUAAACUCUGUCCGAGUAUUCCUUCAUCUUCUUUGUAACGAACUCCGACACACACGCACCGUGUACACAUUUCGAAACGUACAAGUGACAGGCGCUCAAUAACCAUUCCAUUCUUGAUGACCUGCACGAUUAGUUAUCGCUUUCUCUCUUGCUUGGCAUGUGUUCUACUGGAAACACCUGUUUUGUGGGGAAUAGAAUUAUAAUCGAU